AGAAGAAGAAGAAUACGUCGUACUACGUAAUCACGCAGCGACCAACGACACAAAACACGAGGAUGUUUUACUCUACGUUAAAGUAGACUAUAUCAGGGAUUAUUGUGUAAAAUAAGGCACACACAAGUACUUAUUUAGCCCCGGACAACGAGAUAAAUCAGAAAUGGCUGACUUUUCGUCACUUGGUCUCUCAGACUGGCUGGUGAAACAGUGUACACAGCUGGGGAUCAACAAACCCACUCCUGUUCAGGAAAACUGCAUGCCACCUAUAUUAGAAGGUCGGGACUGUAUGGGCUGUGCUAAGACCGGAAGUGGGAAGACAGCCGCUUUUGUGCUGCCAGUGGUGCAGAAACUGUCAGAGGACCCAUAUGGCAUCUUCUGCCUGGUGCUCACACCUACCAGGGAGCUCGCCUAUCAGAUUGCAGAGCAGUUUCGAGUUCUGGGGAAGCCUCUGGGUCUGAAAGAGUGCAUCAUCGUCGGUGGAAUGGACAUGGUGAGCCAGGCAAUGGCGCUCUCCAACCAACCACAUGUGGUCGUAGCAACGCCCGGGCGGUUGGCUGAUCACAUCCGCAGCUCCAACACCUUCAGCUUGCGCAAGAUCCAGUUUCUGAUUUUGGACGAGGCGGACCGGCUGUUGGAGCAGGGCUGUACUGACUUCACCAAAGACCUGGAGACGAUCCUGGGGGUUGUACCGGCUAAACGGCAGACGCUGCUGUUCAGCGCCACGCUCACAGACACCCUGCACGAUCUGAAGAACAUCGCCAUGAACAAGCCUUUCUUCUGGGAGAGCAAGUCAGAGACACGAACAGUGGAGGAGCUGGACCAGAGGUACAUCCUAACUCCUGAAAAGGUGAAGGACGCCUACCUGGUCCACCUGAUCCAGACGUUUACUGACGAGCACGACGACUGGUCCAUCAUCGUCUUCACCAACACGUGCAAGAGCUGCCAAGUCCUUACGAUGAUGAUGCGGGAAUUUAACUUUCCAACCAUCUGCCUGCACUCCAUGAUGAAGCAGAAACAACGAUUUGCAAACCUCGCCAAGUUCAAGGCCAGCGUCUUCAAACUUCUGAUUGCGACAGACGUGGCUGCCAGGGGUUUGGAUAUUCCAAGUGUCCAGGUCGUCAUCAACCACAACACCCCCGGCCUCCCCAAGAACUACAUCCACAGAGUCGGACGAACAGCAAGAGCAGGGAGGAAUGGAGUGGCCAUCACACUGGUGACGCAGUACGACAUCCACCUGGUCCAGUCCAUCGAAGCACAGAAUCAUGCAAAGCUGAAGGAAUAUCCUGUGGUGGAGAAAGAAGUGCUGAAGAUCCUCACCCAGGUCAACGUGACCAGACGGCAGUGUGAAAUAAAACUCGAGGCAACAGAUUUUGAUGAGAAAAAGGAGAUCAACAAGAGGAAACAGCUGAUCUUGGAGGGGAAGGAUCCAGACCUGGAGGCUAAGAGGAAGGCCGAGCUGGAGAAGAUCCGGAGCCACAAGAAGAAGUUCAAACAGAGGAUCGAGGAGAGCAUUCAGAAACAGAAACGUGGACAGUUGAAAAAGAAACUGAUGAAGAGGAAACAGAUAAAGAAAAGGGCAACGAAGGUAACAGCGUGAAAAUAGCUGUGACCCAUGUAUAUACUGUUAUCACUGUACAAUAUGUAACAUUUUCAAAUGCGUGAGCUUCUGCAAAUACAAUAAACUGGUGCUGAAUUUCAUAGCAUCGAAACAACUGCUCAAAUUGACAGCCUUUAUUGAUUCAGUUAAACAAGGAACCACCAUGUGAUGAAACUUCACGGCAAAGACGUUUCAAAUAGAUAUUUACAUCACAUUGAGCUCUCAAUCUGCACCUGAUGACUUUGAGAAUCAAGGGUUUGGAUGCAAAUGUUUAACAACUAAUUUACAACUGAAUCACUUCUUCAAUGAUCACUCCACAUGUUGAAAUUCAUUGUGG